AUGAGAGGGCCUAGCUUAUUAGCCAUGUUUCGGUGCCCGGGCGGGCAGGUGCUGCCCGAGGGCGGCAGCUGCCUGCCGCCAGUAGCUCAGGGGGGCUGGGCGGCAGGUGGUCGCCUGAGCUGGCGGCAAGGUGCUGCCCAGGAGGGCGCCAAGCUGCCGCUCUGUCGGUGGGGCCGGCAGGCCCCGCCCACGCUGGUCGGGGGUGCCGCCUGGGAGGGCGGCAGCUGCCGCCCAUGGGAGGGCGGCAGCUUGCCGCCACCAAGUCGGUGGGGCGGCCAGGGCCACGCGCCUGGUCCCUGGGCGGCAAGGUGGAUCGGCCAAAGCUGGGCGGCAGGUGGGGCCGGCCCAGGGGCGUGGGGGGGCCAGCGCCCCGCUCGCCGCGGGGCGACAGGCCCGCGCGCGUGCUGGGCGGCAGCUUCACCCGCGCGGAGGUCAACAGGCCUGCGGCCCGCGCUGGGCGGCAGGCCUUGGCCCAAGGCUGGGCGGACUGUGUCCCGCCGUUCCCCGGCGGCUGCCUGCCGCCGUGCCGGCCGGCCCGGCUCCACCGUGGCCGGCAAGAAGGAGCCGUCGUGCCCUGGCGGCAGGCGGCAGGCCCGCGCCAGUGCCCGGCGGCCGGCGCCGGCGGUGUGGACACU